AUUUUGCGCAUAACCUUUCGAUUUUUAUUAAGAAAAUAACAAACAAAUAAGUGUAAUAAAAGGUUGGAUGUCACUACAUUAUGAUGCUAUAGUGUAAAUGUUAUAGUUUUAUUUUUGGUGCAAUUUAAUUUUAAUUUUAAAAAUGAAGUUACUUGUUUUGUGUUUAAUUGUUAUUGCUAAUGUGAGCUAUAAUAGCAAAGCAUCCAUAGAAAGUAUAGAUCCAGGGAACACAAACAUUUUUUUGACGGAUACAACCAAAAGUGCAGACAAAUCGUGUUAUCGACCUUGCAAGUUCAACGUGAAACCGAGGCGAUGUCAAUAUCAUUUCAAAAUAGAGCCAACAGUAGGUGAUGACGGAAGGCCAGCGCUAGUCAUCAAUGACAUGACGCCCGGCCCACCGAUACAUGUCUGUGUCAAUGACAUUGUCAUAGUCAAAGUACACAACAAAGUUCCCGGUCAAGACAUGACUAUACAUUGGCAUGGUGUAGAGCAGAAAGGUACGCCGUAUAUGGACGGUGUACCAAUGGUCACUCAGUGUCCUAUAGGAUUUGGCUCUACCUAUGAAUACGCUUUUAUCGCAUCAUCUCCAGGAACAUUCUUCUAUCAUGCUGAUGCAGUGGCUCAUCAAAGUGACGGCUUAUAUGGAUCCUUGAUAGUGGAUCAACCUCAGCCUUUAGAACCACAUUCGUCAUUAUACGAUUAUGACAGAAGCAAUGAACAUACUUUGAUAAUAGCAGCAAGGUUUUCGGAACUUUUAUCGGGAAAUUUAGAUGGAAAUCAAUUGAAACCUGAUUCACUAGUAAUAAAUGGAGAAGAAAAGAGUGUGAAAAUUUUUGUCAUACCCGGAUACACAUAUCGUCUGAGAUUAAUAAACGCUAUAGCAGUUGAAUGUCCACUGGUAGUUGACAUCGAGCACCACCAAAUGAUCGUUAUAGCUAGCGACAGCAAACCGGUAAAACCGAUGUCGGCGGAUAAAGUGAUGCUUUAUCCAGGGGAGCGCAUGGACGUAGUAGUGGAAGCGGUGCACAAGAGCGGUGGCUACUGGGUAAAUGUACGCGGAAGCAAUGAAUGCGAAGGUUUGGCAGCACACGGCAUGCUGCUUUACUCAGGAUUCAACUAUACGUCAUUAUUAGAACAAGGCCCGGGGGGAAAGACUCUUAACAGUGACGUACCGUCUAAUGCCCAAAAGACCAUAAGCGGCCAAAGAUUAUUAUCUUUACAAGAAGAAAACCUCAGCAAAGACGUUAAAUCUAUAUAUUUGGCAGUCGACAGACAUAUGAUACCAUUUAAUGAUAAAGACAACGAUUACAGAUAUCUAAGCGAUGUUACACCAAAGAAAAACUUUUAUCCUGCCGCCGUUUCAUUACAAGACAGAGGUGUAAUACAAAUAAACAAUAAAAAUUUCCUAUAUCCAAAUGGCCUGUACCUUAUUAAACCACACAGCGUAAGACCUGAUAUUAUUUGUAACGUUGGCGAUGAGAUGAUGAAUAAACAACUACAAUGUUUACAAGUUUUGAAAAUAACUGACAAAAAAGUUGUGGAACUGGUUAUUGUAAACGAAGGUUUUGGAAGCAAUGAUUCUUACACGUUCAAUAUGCAUGGGUAUUCUAUGAGAGUUGUGGCCACCGGACAAAGUAAAGACGGUAAACCAAUUUCAAAAUCAGAGUUCCAAUUACUCGAUAAAAGAGGAAAGAUCGAAAGAAAUUUAAGAAAUCCGCCAAUGAAGGAUACAUUCAUCGUACCAAACAAAGGGUACACGAUAGUAAGAUUGAACGCGGACAGAGGGGGCAAUUGGAUGUUGGAGUGCAGAUCUUGUGGGUUCUCGUCAUUACCUGUCGCCAUACUCAUCGAUGUUCCAGUAGCCAUUCCUAAAGCUGUCGUUGAUGUUUUACCGAAAUGUGGUGGUUAUAAACCCGCUGAUGUACUUUUAAACUAAACGCGGACAAUAGACUGAAUAUAAUUAAAUUUAAUAGGAUUACUUUGUUUAAGAAUAUAUUAAAAGA